UGACAUAGCAGGUGGGCGUCUGUGCACAGUUGCACAAAGUCGAGUGAUGGACACUGGCUCGCAGUUGCCGCCACCUCUUGGCUGCUGGUUGCCUGCCGGUGACUGUCCGCCAGCUAAAAUGUCGCGUCCGUCGAGCGGUGUCCCGCCGAUCCAGCCGUUCCUUGGACACCCGCACACUUCUAUCCUCUCCUCCCCAAACUUGUCGCCCGACCUUUGGAACACCAGCUGAUGACAGCUGCUCAACACCAACUCACCCUACCAAGCGCCAUUACCAGCCCAUACAGCGACGACCAGCUCGCGACACCUGGUAACCGCCUGUCAUUGCUGCCAACUGGUACCAGCAACCCGGUCCCCAGCGGACGAGUAUGAAACCAUCGCCAAUCCGCCCUGUCGCUGGCCCCGGAUCCGGUGUCCAGCGCGGUGCUGUCGGUCAGGUUCCCGGAGCUGUCGGCCAGGUCCAGGUCGGCUCCGUGGGACUUCAGGCCGGCUCUGCCCCCGGCCAAGGCCAAGUCCCAGCCUCGCGACUGACUCCGGGCCCCGGCCCAACCAAAGUGACCAAGCCGACCACCCCGGCACGUUCUCGCACUGGCGCCAGUCCUCACUCGCUGGUUCGAAACAGCCAACUUGUCCAGCAGCUGGCUGCUCACGAAGCUCAGCUCCAGCAGUUCCAACAGCAACAGCAGCUGCAACAACAGCAACAACAACAACAACACCAACAGCACCAACAACAACAACAAAAUCUGGCUACCAACUUGAGCCCCGACCAGGACCCUAACCACGUUAACCAGAUCCAUCCCCAACUUCAGGCCCAGCUUCAGCUCCAGCAUCAGCAGGCUCAGGAGCACGACCUCCACAGCCAUCACCUGCAACAGCAUCAGCCAGAUCAAACCCAGGAUCAUCUUCAGCAUCAACAGGAGCAACAUCAGGAGCCUGAUAUUGACCAGGAUUCCCUUAAACCAGACCCGUCCGCCUACGACGACCCUACGGCCAGGAUGGGCACUGAAGAGUAUGCGGCCGCAGCUGCUGCUGCCGUCAUGGAGACGGGUCUUGGUCAACCCGGCUCCCUGAAUGAUGGCACUGGCGAGCCGGAUGUUGACGCCGAGAUGGAGGACCAAGAUGCCUCUGCCGCUGCGAACUCGGGACUCGGCGGCCAUGUUGACCUUAGUGGUGCCGGCAUGCUAGGUAACCCAGGUGCCCCUGGUGGUGUGCCUCAACCCUCUCCCCAGGACCACUCUCAACAUCAACAACACCAGCACCAGCAGCAGCAACAUCAACACCAUCAGCAACAACAGCAGCAGCAGCAUCAACAGCAACAGCAGCAUCAACAGCAACAGCAGCAGGCCGAUAUGCUUCAGGGCCUUGGACAGCCCCAGGCCCAUCCUCAUCAACAUCAGCACCAACCCCCUGUUGCCCCCAUGGGCCAGCCCCAGCAGAUGCAGCCGUCCCCUCAUCAGCACCCAAUGGACCCUCAGCUAUCCAAGAGCACGGAGGAUAUGGCUCAUGAAUCCGGUUAUGGCCAGCUAAACGUCGAGAGUGCUCUUGCCAAGAGAUUGGCUCGUGAGCCGGGUCAUCGUCUUGCCCAGCAGAGGCGCCCUGAGCAAGUGCUGAACUUGGCACGUAGAAGCAAUGUUGAAGCUCUGUUCGCUCACAUUGCUGGUGAGCCGGCUCGCGUCCCUUGUAAGAAUUGCCACAAGGGCCACGGUCCAUGGACCAGCUGUAUUGUGGUGGACGGCCAGAUGUGCGGCAGCUGUGCCAAUUGCUGGUUUAAUGCCAGUGGUGCCAGAUGCAGUUUUCACGAAACGCGCAACCCCCAAAAUUCUCAACAGCAGCAGCACAAUGCGGCGAUCCUGCCGAACGGGGCGAACGGUGGAAUUAAUAUUUCAGCUGACCCCAAUGCCUUUAGGUUUGGCACUCCUCACCCGCUUGGUACUCAUGCUGCCCUUGCUGCUCCUGCUCCCGUGAGUGCUAUCGCUCCAGCAGCUCCCUCGAUGAGCAACCCAAUGCUUCAGCACAUGUUGAAUCGGGCCCUGUCCGAGGUACGGAGCGCUGACAAGGCUACCCGGCAACUGAUUCUCAUGGAAUGCGCUGCCAAAAAACUGGCGUUGAAGAUGGUCGAUUAUGAGGAGCUUAUUAGCUCCCAGGAGCAGUCAGGGAACGCCGGAGGACCUGGCCAGCAGGGCUUGGGUGAAGAUGCGGGUGCAUAGGAAGAAAACGCUCCUGAUUUACAAAUGGAGAACUUCUCACUCGUUCCAGACUUAGAGGACUUUAUGGGCAUACAUAUGGCCCCGUCGGCUUCAUCCUGAUCGUGCGGCUCUUUUCACGACGCAAAAGUCUUCCCGUCCUGCAACUCGACCAUCAAUCCAGGACCCAGCAUGGGUCAUGACUGUCCGCACAACCACGCAGUUGCGUGGAUAUACUGUUGCUACCCGAUUCGCAUGUGAAGGUAUCAUCACCCCAUAUUUAACCUUUCGACAUAUCACAGCAGAAAUUUGAUUCCUUUCGAAGGAUCAAGGGUCAUGAAGAGCCUUAUCCACAUAGAACCACUACCAACACCUUUUCGUUUCUUCGUUUGGGGGCUUCCUAGAGAAUUUAUCAUUAGGCUGAUUGGAUGGAAUGGGGGAAAAGACAAAUCUUAGCCGGGACAGAUACUUUGAUAUUUUUUCUUCAGACUCGUAUGUCGAUAGUGGCACGGAUGCAAAUCUACCAGCGAUACCCAAGUCCCGCCCCAAACCCUCCUCUUCAAGGCAGGAAGCAAUUUGACAAUGCCUCCAGCCUAAUCUUGGUCUUUGCCUUUUUGCUUUCUUUUCUCUCCCAUGGCCCUCUUUAUCAUAGCUUAAUCUCUUAUUUCUUGGCCGUGUUGUUUAAUGCACAGAUGACGAGCUCUUGAUAGUAUUUCUUUUGGGUUAUGCGAUUUUCUUUCUGGCAAGCGUCAUUUGUGGCGUGCUCUAGUCGGGUUCUGGUUGAUUUCCCGGCAGUUAUUUCAAAAACACGUUAUUCCUCGUCAUGUUUCCGAUUGGGGAUGGAAAUUAUGAAUAGAGGGUAGGCCAAUGAUAAGCAAAGAAAGCAGAAGAGUAGGGAAAUGGGAAAGACAAGCAAUAGGCAUUUGAGGUGUGGAGUGAGCAAGAAGAGGAGGGAAACGGCACAUCGACGAGUGACUGGAAAAGAUUCUUGACUGCGUGGAUUGUUUACACAACUGCAUAGAUUACAGACUGUUAGGUCAAUCAAGGCCGUUUAGCUUCCGGCUCCUCAAUUUGUACAUUUGUCCGGGCCA